AUGACCGGGCGCGCAUGCAGCGAGUGCGGCGAGUGCGCGCGAUCUACGGAUCGUUGGGCGCGGCGAGAGCGCGUCGUGCGCAGGAGGAACGCUGGUGGUCGGGUGGGUCACGUUCCCGGCGAAGUAAGCCUGGUUGAUCGGAGUGCCAGGCCGUGGACCGAGAACGCCGGCGCCUGGGACCCAGAACGGCAUGGGCCACGCCUGGACCAUGCCGGUCCACGGGUUCAGGCCGGGAGCCCAUCCAGGAGCCGGAGCGGAAGCACGAGGUGUAGAACCGGAGGGUGGCCCGCCGCGGCCACGGCCGCGCUUCUUCGACCCCCGAUUGUUGUCGAAGCGAGGCGGGUUGCCGUAGGCGGGCGCGGGUGUUGGCAGUUGCCUGGAGCCGGAGUUGGUAGAGCUGAAGCCACCAUCGCCGGAGCAGGUAGAGCGAGCAGAGAGGAAGGUGUGGGGUGGUUGCCGCGCAGAGAUGACCGGGAUCGCGUGACGAUACUUGGAGUUGAGGCCGCAGAGGAGGUUGAGCACCUGGCUGGUCUCACGAACGGGUUGGCCGACGUCGUGCAAGGCAUCGGCGAGCUGCUUGAGCCUCCCGGUGUACGCGGUGAUGUCCAUGUCACCUUGAAGAAGAUUCCGGAACUCGGCUUCGAGGUAGACAGCACGGUGCAGCUAGUUGUCCCGGAAUUGGUCGUGGAUGGCGUUCCAGACCGUGUACGCCGUAGCCCUGGGUGCGCGGACGAUGGCGCGGACAUCCUAGGAGAUGGAGUUGUAGAUCCAGCUCAGCAGGCAGUGAUCGCGGAUGAUCCAGUCCGAGUCGCGACGGUCGGCAGGGGUGGGCGGGGAAGACAGAUGAGAACUGAGCCCGAACUUCCCAACGAAGGCGUCGAAGAAGCAGCGCCACUCCGUGUAGUUCGAGUCGGUGAUGCUGAGCUCGACGGGAACGUGAACACGGAUGUUCACCGUCUGUAG